UUUCUAUCGGCGUCGUCCUCUUACAUGAGGGAAGGGCGGCCGCAUUGGGACACGAUGGAACACUUUCCCACUGCGCAUGCGCCAUCUCCUCGUUAGCGGCCGUUGCCGAUAGAAAGGCGCGAGACGGCGGGCGGGAGGGACUGUUGGAGUAGCCAUGUUGCGGCGGGCGAGGCUAGGCGGCGUGGCGGUCCUGCGGGCUCUCCAGCCCCUUGCCGCGGACCGUGGCUGUUUGGCAGCAGGAGCGGCCACUUCCGCCGCGCUCCCGCACAGGCGAAAUUAUGCAGCUAGGACUUCAGAGUCUGCCAAAUCUGGUACUGCAACAGGGCGUAUUGUUGCAAUUAUUGGUGCUGUUGUUGAUGUCCAGUUUGAUGAAUGCCUUCCUCCAAUUCUCAAUGCCCUGGAAGCGUCAGGCCGUGAAACUAGAUUGGUGUUGGAAGUUGCUCAGCACCUUGGUGAAAGUACUGUUCGAACAAUUGCCAUGGAUGGCACUGAAGGCUUAACCCGUGGGCAGAGAGUUCUGGACACGGGUGCACCUAUAAAAAUUCCAGUUGGGCCAGAAACACUGGGAAGGAUCAUGAAUGUAAUUGGUGAGCCAAUUGAUGAAAGAGGACCUAUUGCAACGAAACAGUUUGCAUCUAUUCAUGCUGAAGCUCCUGAAUUCCAAGAUAUGAGCGUUGAGCAAGAAAUUCUUGUGACUGGUAUUAAGGUUGUAGAUUUAUUGGCUCCAUAUGCCAAAGGAGGUAAAAUUGGGCUUUUUGGUGGUGCUGGUGUAGGAAAAACUGUAUUAAUUAUGGAACUUAUUAACAAUGUUGCUAAAGCCCAUGGUGGUUACUCUGUCUUCGCUGGUGUAGGGGAGCGUACACGAGAGGGUAAUGACUUGUAUAAUGAAAUGAUUGAAUCUGGUGUCAUCAACCUGAAGGAUGCCACUUCCAAGGUUUCACUUGUGUAUGGUCAAAUGAAUGAGCCUCCAGGUGCCCGUGCCAGAGUAGCCCUGACUGGUUUGACAGUUGCUGAAUAUUUCCGUGAUCAAGAAGGACAGGAUGUGCUUCUCUUUAUCGACAAUAUCUUCAGAUUUACCCAGGCUGGUUCAGAGGUGUCUGCACUUCUGGGUCGUAUCCCCUCUGCUGUAGGGUAUCAGCCAACGUUGGCUACUGACAUGGGAACAAUGCAGGAAAGAAUAACUACUACUAAAAAGGGAUCAAUUACAUCAGUACAGGCUAUCUACGUACCAGCUGAUGACUUGACUGAUCCUGCUCCAGCUACUACUUUUGCACAUUUAGAUGCUACUACAGUAUUAUCCCGCGCCAUUGCUGAACUGGGUAUCUAUCCAGCAGUGGACCCUCUGGAUUCUACUUCACGUAUCAUGGACCCUAAUGUUGUUGGCAGAGAGCAUUAUGAUGUGGCUCGUGGUGUACAGAAGAUUCUUCAGGAUUACAAAUCCCUUCAAGAUAUUAUUGCUAUUUUGGGGAUGGAUGAAUUGUCUGAAGAAGACAAACUAAUUGUAUCCCGGGCUCGAAAAAUCCAGAGGUUUUUGUCUCAGCCUUUCCAAGUUGCUGAAGUCUUCACUGGCCAUGCUGGAAAAUUGGUGCCUUUGAAGGAAACAAUCAAGGGAUUCAAGAGCAUUUUAUCUGGUGAAUUGGACCAUCUACCAGAACAGGCUUUUUACAUGGUUGGUCCUAUUGAAGAAGUUGUUGCUAAAGCUCAGAAGCUAUCUGAAGAACAUUCCUAAACUGGACUAUUAUAUUUGCAUAUGGUCUUUUAAAUUUCUGAUACAUGUAUACAUUGAUGUGUAAAACAGUUGCUCCAAUCUCGGAGGUCUCUAGUUUUUUCACAUCUACUGAAGAGAAUUAAAGGCCUUUUUUGUACGUGUGAACAUGCAGUAUUAUGUAAACGUCACCCAAAUGUCUGUUACAAAAACCAGACAUCUUGUUAGUAAACAUUUGUGAUAUACAAUU